GCCUGAUGAACCUAAAUGGGCCAGACUGUUGAUCUCCUCAUGCAAGAGUCAGGAUGUCGUUUAGAACAUCCUUCUGCCACCAAAUUCCGAAAUCAUGUCAUGGAAGGAGACUGGGAUAAGGCAGAAAAUGACCUGAAUGAACUAAAGCCUUUAGUGCAUUCUCCUCAUGCUAUUGUGGUAAGAGGCGCACUUGAAAUCUCUCAAACGUUGUUGGGAAUAAUUGUGAGGAUGAAGUUCUUGCUGCUGCAGCAGAAGUACCUGGAAUACCUGGAGGAUGGCAAGGUCCUGGAGGCCCUUCAGGUUCUACGCUGUGAAUUGACGCCACUGAAAUACAAUACAGAGCGCAUUCAUGUUCUUAGUGGGUAUCUGAUGUGUAGCCAUGCAGAAGACCUGCGUGCAAAAGCAGAAUGGGAAGGCAAAGGAACAGCUUCCCGAUCAAAACUGUUGGACAAACUUCAAACAUAUUUACCACCAUCAGUGAUGCUUCCCCCACGGCGUUUACAGACUCUCCUGCGGCAGGCGGUGGAACUACAGAGGGAUCGGUGCCUAUAUCACAAUACCAAACUUGAUAAUAAUCUAGAUUCUGUGUCUCUGCUUAUAGAUCAUGUUUGUAGCAGGAGGCAGUUCCCAUGUUAUACUCAGCAGAUCCUUACGGAGCAUUGUAAUGAAGUGUGGUUCUGUAAAUUCUCUAACGAUGGCACUAAACUAGCAACAGGAUCAAAAGAUACAACAGUUAUCAUAUGGCAAGUUGAUCCGGACACGCACCUGUUAAAACUGCUUAAAACAUUAGAAGGACAUGCUUAUGGCGUUUCUUACAUUGCAUGGAGUCCAGAUGACAACUACCUUGUUGCUUGUGGCCCAGAUGACUGCUCUGAGCUGUGGCUUUGGAAUGUACAAACGGGAGAGCUAAGGACAAAAAUGAGCCAAUCACAUGAGGACAGUUUAACAAGUGUGGCUUGGAAUCCGGAUGGUAAACGCUUUGUCACUGGAGGGCAGCGUGGGCAGUUCUAUCAGUGUGAUUUAGAUGGCAAUCUCCUUGACUCCUGGGAAGGUGUGAGAGUGCAAUGCCUUUGGUGCUUGAGUGACGGGAAGACUGUUCUGGCAUCAGAUACACACCAGCGAAUUCGAGGCUAUAACUUCGAGGACCUUACAGAUAGGAACAUAGUACAAGAAGAUCAUCCCAUUAUGUCUUUUACUAUUUCAAAGAAUGGCCGAUUAGCUUUGUUAAAUGUAGCAACUCAGGGAGUUCAUUUAUGGGACUUGCAAGACAGAGUUUUAGUGAGAAAGUAUCAAGGUGUUACACAAGGGUUUUAUACAAUUCAUUCAUGUUUUGGAGGCCAUAAUGAAGACUUCAUCGCUAGUGGCAGUGAAGAUCACAAGGUUUACAUGUGGCACAAACGUAGCGAGCUGCCCAUUGCGGAGCUGACAGGGCACACACGUACAGUCAACUGUGUGAGCUGGAACCCACAGAUCCCCUCCAUGAUGGCCAGCGCCUCAGACGAUGGCACCGUUAGAAUAUGGGGACCAGCGCCUUUUCUAGACCACCAGAAUAUUGAAGGAUGUUGGUUCCUGCACACAAGAACCUCUGCUCACAGUGGUAAAUACAUGGUACAUCUCUUGAAAGGGACAUAUCCAUGUCAGUUUCUUUCACAGCAGAAGAUGGCUGCUUUUGAAUGGGGAGGAAAGAAGACAUUUUUCUUAAUAUCCUUUUGCCCCAUCUCUAAAAUGUAUACGCAUUUUGAUUUGGGUUUAAUGUCUCACUUAGACGUUAGCAUCUCUCUUUUGGGGUUGCUCUCCAAAAUAGUACUUCCAGUCAAAAACCAUGUUUGACUUAAUAUAAACAAACUUAAAGAGAGGUGAAUUUCAUUUUCACAUGGACACUUUCUAAAAACAGGGUGAACUUAAUUGAAAUUUUUCAAUGUUGUUAGGCUGUUGUUAUAGUAGCUGCCCUAUAUAGUUGCAAAAACAAAAACGAUAAAAACUCAUCCCCUAUCUACUUAAUCCAGAUAGCCUGGAUGUAAUGGAACUCAUAGUAUAAAAAUGUGUGUGUUGUGUGUCUGUGGAAGAGAGAGAGUAUUAAUUCAUAAAAGGCCUGGAAACGGCUGUUCUAGGCUCCUGUCAGUUUUACUAAAAGUCUUGUGCACAUGCGAAUGCCCUCUGAAUUGAAGGUUUGGUUAAUACUGGUAUAUUUUUAUAAGACUGAUACGGCGUCCCCAUCUUUGAACUUAAACAUUUUCAUUAUCAGGGUCAAUGUGCUAAAACUGAAUCGUAACAUUUUUAGGCACAGAUGGAAAAAAAAGAUGUUAUUGGCUCCUUGAAAAUGUGUGUGUGUGGCGAGGGGACUAGAUCCACAAGAGCAUGUGUGUCCUUACAAACCAAGCUGGAGAGAUCAAGAAAAGAACAUGUGUUGAUCUCAAGAUUUACAUGGCAUUGUGGUGGAACUAUUAACAUUAGAGCUUUUGGUAUGUAAUAACUACUUGCUACGGACUGAUUAAAUGUUUCAAAGGAUUGUGUUCUUAAAUUUGGGGGGGUAUUGUUUUUUGUUGGUUUGUGUGUGUUUUUUUAACUGCCUCUCAAAUUAUAUUUAGUACUUUAAAUUUCUUUGCUUUAUUAUUUCAUUAAAGCAUAAAAAACUUCAGGUCUCUGAUAUUUAUUUUCACUUGUCCCACUAAUUAUUUACGAAACACCCUUUGUUAAACGUUUAUAAAUGUGUAGUAUAUUAAAUGUCUUUAAAAUUUUGUUCAAUUGAAGCUACAUUAACUUUGAUUUGUGUUACUGGUUUGUUUUUUUUAAUACACCUUUCCAUGUCAGUGCGUAGCACUUAACCAAUCGUUUGUAUUCCCUUUCAAUCCAAUAAACAGAAUGAGUAAGUAA